ACUCUUCCCGGUUGCCUUCUCUUCCCUUCCCGGCUCCCGUCCCGCUUCCCUUCCCUUCCUUUCCUGGUUCCCUUCCCUUUCCGGUUCCUGUCCCGGUUCCCUUCCCGAUUCCUGUCCCUGUUCCCUUCCCUUCCCUGUUUCCGUUCUGGUUCCUGUCCUGGUUCCCGUCCCGUUUCUCGUCCCCAUUCCCUUCCCCUCCCGUCCCGGUUCCCGCCCGGUUCCCUACCCUUCCCGUCCCAGUUCCCGUCCCGGUCUCCCCUCCCCUUCCUCUUCCUUCCCGGUUUCCCUCCCCUACCCUCCCUUCCCUGUUCUCUUCCCUUCCCUUCCCGGUUCCUGUCCCGGUUCCCUUCCCUUCCCGGUUCUUUUCCCUUCUCGGUUCCUGUCUCUGUUGCCGUCCCGGUUUCCUUCCCUUCCCGUCCCGGUCCCUUCCCUUCCUGGUUGCCAUCCCGGUUCCCAUCGGUUCCCAUCCCUUCCCGGUUCCCGUCCCCCGUCCCUUUCCCUUCCCCGUUCCCUUUCCGGUUUCCAUCCCGGUUCCCGUCCCUUCCCUUCCCGGUUCCCGUCCCGGUUCACUUCCCUUCCCGAUCCGCCGCUCACAUCCCUUCCCGAUCCCCUCCGUUCCCGGUUCUUAUCUAGGUUCCCGUCUGGUUCCCUUUCCGGUCCCCUCCCCUCCCUUCCCAAGGUUUCCCUACCUUUCCUCUACCCUCCCCUCCCCUGCUCUCCAGGUCUCUCCACCCCUCGCCUCCCUUCCUGUACGCUCCUUGCUUUCCCUCCCUUCCCAAUUUCCCUCCCCUUCCCUUUUUUCCAGUCCCCUUCCCUUCCACCUUCCCUUCCCGGUUCCCGUCCGCUUCCCUGUUCCCGUCCCAGUUCCCGUCACGGUUUGUUUCCCUUCCCGGUUCUCGUCCCGCUUCCCUUCUCUUCGCAGUUCCCUUUCCGGUUCCGUCCCGGUUCCCUUCCCUUCCCAGUUCCCAUCCCGCUUCCCUUCCCUUCCCAGUUCCCAUCCCGGUUUCCUUUCCAGUUGGUUCCCCUCCCCGUUCCCUUCCCUUCCCAGCUCCUGUACUGGUUCCCAUCCUGGUUCCAUUCCCAGUCCCCUCCCCUCCCUUCCCCAUUUCCCUCCCCUUCCUGGUCUCCCUCCCCUUCUUCUCCCGGUUUCCCUUCCCUUUCCGGUUCUUUUCCCUUCCCAUCUCGGUUCCCUUCUUUUUCCCGGUUCCCUUUCCUUCCUUUCCCGGUUCUUGCCCCGGUUCCCUUCCCUUCCCCCUUCUUCUUGGUGUGUCCGGAGUUGGUUCCUGCCGCUGCGUUCGUGGUCUCCCUGACUUCAAGAAUGAAGCCGCAGACUUUCUGAUGAUGAAAUCCCUCCAGGUAGAUUUUGGGUUCCUCAAACAAUUGCUUCAGUUGAAGUUUGAGGACCGACUGAAAGAGGAAUCUUUGAGUCUCUUCACCAUUCUGCAUGACAGGAUCCUAGAAAUUGAAAAGCAUUAUCAACAGAAUGAGGAUAAGAUGAGAAAAUCCUUCAAUCAGCAGUUAGCUGAUGCCAUAGCUGUUAUCAAAGGAAUGUACCAGCAAUUCUUUGAGGUAGAAGAAGAGAAUGUUUCUUUGCAAGAUGUGAGUACUGUCAAAACAAAUAUUUUGUUAAGAAAACUGAAAGAGAAAGAAGAAGUUAUUAAAGAAUUAAAAGAAGAACUAGACCAAUAUAAAGAUUUUGGAUUUCACAAAAUGGAAUCUUUUGCCAAAGAAACCAGCUCUCCAAAAUCAAACCUAGAAAAGGAAAAUUUGGAGUACAAAGUGGAAAAUGAGAGGCUGCUUCAGAUCAUUUCAGAGCUUGAAGAAGAAAUCCAGAUCAAUCUAAAAGAAAAUUCAGGAUUAGAAGAUGAACUUAUAAGUAUGAAAGAGAUGGCAGAAAAGGAUCACAAAACUAUUCAAAAGUUAAUGGAUAGUAGAGACAGAUUAAGAGAAGAGCUUCAUUAUGAAAAAUCAUUAGUUCAGGAUGUGAUUAAUAAACAGAAAGAGCACAAGGAAAUGAGAAAAAAGUAUGGCAGCUUAAGUGUAAAGGUUGCAAGAUCAGCCAAGGGGAGAGAAGCCUCUUUGUCCCCAUGGCCCAAGUCUCCACCCAGCACCACAGCUUUGAGGCCACAUUCUGCGACCAUGAGUGUAUCAUCUGCUGGGGCCCAGAAAGCUAAAAUGCCAAAGAAGGCUUUAAAGGAAGACCAAGCUGUGAUAAGCUAUGCAGCACCUAUUGGGACACAUGAAGAAGAAAAAAAGAUGAAAAUAUCAGGAUCUAAGGUUGAAGACAAACAUGGUUUGGAGUCUCAAAUAGAAGCAUUAAAGGCAAAUUUAGAGAAUGAGAAAAAGAAGGUGGAAAGGUUUAGGAAGGAAGCUGAUCGACUAAAUAAAAGCUGGGAAAAGAGAUUCUUUAUUCUCAGGAACAGCUUUCAUGUCCUUAAGAAUGAGAUGUUUACAAGGCACACACUGUUUCGUCAGUUUGCAGUGCUUGCUGACACAUCCUUCAAUUAUAUUAAAGUAAAACCCUUAUUAGUGCAGUCUAGAACGACCAUGACAGCUAUAUCCUCUUCAAGUCAUUGUACAUCUUCAAUAGACGGUAAGCAUGUGGAUGUAGUCAGUGAUCAGGCAGCCCUUCAACUUUCACCAAAAGGGAAGUUGUCGGAAUCCCCAAAAGAAGAGUCCUUGGAGGAGCCCUCCAUGCGCCAGAGCAGCCCCGCAGAGACUGUUGAUUAACCCAGCAGAAGCCUGGGCUGCGCAGACGGGGCCUCAGAAAGAGUGGCCUCGCCGUCCUGGUGUAAGGUGCCUCCCUCGGAAAGGAUACUAUCUCCAAGGAUUUUCUAAACUAAUUGUUUAAUCUCUGCAGAUUAUGUAUAUUAACCAGCACUGCGCUCGAAUAGACCUCAAUGCGCGCCUUGUGCGCGCUCCUUUCCACGCCUUUAAGGAAAGCCCUGGCUGGUGCUGGGUGAGCGGGGCGCACUGAACCUCCGGGGCAACCACAUCCAUUCAGGCGCUCCGGGGACUCAGAAGAGCCCAGGCGUCUAAGAGUGGGAAGGGACGGACUUUAAUUAAAAAGUUUGACUCCCUCUCUAAUCCAGUCUUUCUAUACCAAAAGCAUCAACCUGAUUUGCUGUCUCCUCGCCCAAUAACUAGUCCCCAUGAAGUAGGUCAUGAAGACUAGAGGGAGAUCGUACAUUUCCUCAAGCAAGAUUCAUUCUUAUCUUACCCCGGCACAGGGCACCUAGCCGCAUCUUAAAGGCUGUCAGAAAUUCUUUAGUAAGUAGGGAAACUCUUUGGAGUUUUGCUUCCUGGUAAGGAUGCAAACCAAGAUUCUGCUGGAAUGCCAGAUACCGUUUACCAAAAGGCGGGUUUGCUUUUCUUCCAUGCGUAAUGUCCAACUUGGUUCUUUCUAUUCCCCUAACUACAAGUAAGGCCUUGUUAAGAGCCUGUAUCUGAAUCGUAGGCUCUGGAUUACAGAAUUCUACAGUUAUUUAUUAAGUCUCGGGAAAUAUAUUUGUGGUAGUUGUCACAUAAAGCUGAUAUACUUUAGUUCAAAAGAAAGCUGCAGAGGUGAUUUAUUUGUGCGUAAAAGGAACAAGAUUUAAUUGGAGAGAGACGUGUUAUUUUCAACGCAAGUACACGGGAUGGUAUAGCGCUGUGGAGCAUUAUUCGAGCUUCAUCUACUAUGCACUAUAUGCCGCUGUCUCCAAAGGAGUGUUGCCCUAGAAACUUGUUUUAAAUCUGCUGCUAUAUAUCAACACCUUGUUUUAGCAGUCCUUGGCUGAAUUACAGUUACACAGUUUGGCGCUUCUUUCAAAUUUCCUCCCAUCAGUUUGGCUAAAGAAAGGAAUUUUUCUCCUUUAGAAAUGAAUUGGCUUAAUUAGUAAGUAGAUUAAUGGCAAUUGCUGGUGAGUUGGUUUCCAGCAGAGUUUCACCAGAGAGGGUUAAUCGGAGUCAGGUCUGGAAUCUUUCCCAGAACUGGCUGCCAGCCAUUUCCACCAACCAAUCAACCCUACCAGAAACAGAGGAAAUGAAAUAAAAUUUGUAUUCUCUGUGCCAUCGUCCUGGACAGAAAUUCCUUGGAAGCAGCCUCCUGGUUGGGUGCGAUAUCAAACUGCUUCAUUUCAGAACUUUAAUAGAAACUUGAACCUUCAAGAUUUAUCUGGGUACCAAAGCAAAGUUUCAAAUGGCACAAUAAAGGUCUCCACAGAACCCUGGAUGUAUUGGAAAUUUCUGAGGCUCUCAGCCAAUUUCAGGUUGGGAGAAAUUGCAAACCACCCAGGUCCUGCCCUAUAUCUGUUGUCCAUCAGAAGUCCUUCAAAAGUUUUGCUGUAUGUUUUGCAGCCUUUUUACUUAUUUUUUUUCCCAUAGUGAUGAAAAUGCAUUCAUAGUUUAACUUGCAGCUGCAUUAGUCUUACAAAAAAAAAAAAAAUCCCUGCUGAGAAAUGCAUAUAAUAGGAAAAACAGAUCGGCUGGACAGCAGUGUAAUUAAUGCCAGAAAGGGCUGAGGCCGGUUUCAUAGUUUGUCUUUUGAGGAUAUCAAGACGAGACCUGGUGAAAAAUGACGCAUGCUUUAGCAUUUCAGAAAGCUGGCAACUGGCAGCGCUUUUCCUUUUUUCUUUGACUUUCUGCCGCGGAACAAAGAGGUCCGCAGAACUAGCUAGGUUGUAAUGAGUUCUAUGUCCCUAGCACAUUAAGUGCAUCAUAGAAACAUAUUGUAUCGAAAUAGUUUGGAGGAGAAUACCGGGGAUGAAAGAGAAUGGGUGCUUUGAUCAGCUCCCUGGGGUCCUGAGCACGCACAGACUGACUUGCAAGGAGUUAUUCAGCUCCAGCUAGACACACUUACAACACCAUUGAAAGAAAUUUGCAUAUCUGUAAUUUAUCACAUUGGUCCAGAACAUUAUUGCAAGGUAAAUAAAAGUUAGUUGAAUAAAAAAAAUCAAUCAUCGCAGAUAUAGAGAAAACUGUGAAGCCAGUCUUUCC